ACUGAGGCAUUCAUACAACGUGGCAGAUGGUCUGUCAGUACAGCCGAAGACUUCACACACAAAGCUUGUCUCCACUAUGAGGUUUCUGAUAUUGACCGCAAUGGUGGGCCUCUCCUUGGGGGCCGGUAGUGACCCCCCUAGGCCUUGUUGUACCGACCACCAGUUCGAGGCGGUCAUGGGCCAGGUUGGGGGGAAUGUCUACAACCAUCAUGGGCAUCUUACACAGAACUGGCUAGAUGGCUACAACAAGGUCCACUACGACGCCUACAACAAGAUGAUCGCUGUGGAAGCCCACCAGACCCUGAUGAACGGAUCCGUGACCGUCACUAACAUCCUGCUGGAUUAUCCCAACAAAAGGCAGUAUAUCCAAAAUCAAGGCAAUUGCUACCACACCCCGCUGACCACGACAAUGCGAGAACCGUGUGUUCCUGACUCUGCUCAGUACAUUGGGCCAACGUACAUGGGAUACGGCACGUCGAAGCUGGCUCUAAAUAACUGGGAGUACCACCCCCAGAACACAGACCAGUCCCUCAAGGUGGCCCUAACGCAGGAGGGGUGCACACCCAUUGUCGAGUCUUUUGUGGGUCACGUAAAGACGAAUGAUGGGAAAGAGACGAUUGAGACAAACUUUGUGUACGUCUUCAGUGAGUUCCGAACUGGACUCCGAAACAGUGACGUGUUCAACGUCUCCCAAGCAUGUCGGAUGUCAUCUUCGAUACCAAACCCGGUGGGCAGGUCCGUCCGUCACGUCCAAACAUUGUUCUCGCAGUGAAGACACACCCUCUGGUAACAUUUCCCCCUCAAUAAACGGAACUCUGAAA